GCCGCGUCUUGUGCCUUUCUCGCCUUUUUCCCUCGCCCUUUGCCCGUUCCUUUCACCGCGACUCUUUCCCCGGCGCUGUCUUGCGCAUCUUCGACACAGCUAGCUGCUGGUCACCGCACGCGCGCUGUUGUUGAUGGCCAACUAUCUACCCGCGCUCCUCGUUUCAGUCACGACUAAUGCCUUCCCCGACGACUCGUCCUUCGACACCGUUCCCAGCGGACAAGUAGACUACCUUUCUCAUCAGUGGCGCGAGGAGGACGUUUGGCGGUCAUGGCGGAGCAUGACCAAGCAGAGAAACGCGAUCGCCAACGGCGCCAGGCUCGAAAAUGCGAGCUGGCGGACGUGGUGGAAGCAAAGAAAUGGGUUGAAGACGAUCAGCCCUGAAUCGCUUAAUUGGCUGAAAGAUUCGGAUGUUACUUGGCUGUACGGACCUCUGCACAUUGGCCAAGACUGGUCACCACCAUCGGGCUCACCACCCAAAUCCGAUGGCCUUUCUCAACGGGCUCGACGAGACUCGACGGGUUCGCUAGCGACGAUGCAGAGGUGUAACUCGAGCGCCUCUUUGGCAGGCAAGAAACCUAUAUUAAAGCACCGCAGUAUUGGCGAGCUGCUAUCACUACCCUCUUCUCCCCGAUUUCCCAGCGCCGAGUUCCCCCAUGACGAUGAGGAAGAGGAGGAGGAGAGGAAACAGCACGGGCAGGGGCAGCGGACAGGUACAGAUUCUCCGAGCCGACCCCCUCUACUCCAUACGAAGAGCGACACGCAUAUCGUCCGCCUCCGGAAGAAUCACCCAGAGUUCAGAAAGGACAGCCCCCCGCGAAUAAUUGCUCCGGUCGAGAAUCCCAUGGAGGAAGCCGGACAGGCCCUCAGUCAUGCAGACGCACACAGCGACGUCUCGAGCACAAGUGCAGCGGGGGAUACCCCUGGAAGCGACCGCGAUUCGCAUAGCACGGGUGCAGGAGCGAAUGGCGGUAAGAAGAAGCACAUCACCUUCAAUACGUUCGUGGAGCAGUGCAUUGCCAUCGAGAAGCCCACGUUGAAGCGGGGGCCCACGGGUGGCAGCGUGCGGUUUUACCAGCCAGAGUUUGACGAGGGGUACGAUGAGGACGCAGACAUGGAGGAUAUUCAUUACGAGGACUUCUACGAGGAGCCGGCGUGGUUCCCGCACGGGCGCAAUUCGUCGGAAUCGGACGAAGAAGACGACGAGGUGCUCGAGAUGCGUUCGUCGAGAUCGCGCUCCUCCUCCUCCCACUCCUCGCGCGGCGGCCGCCCGGCGCUCAUCCGCAUGGACUCGCUCGACAAGGAGCACGUCACGAUCGCACCCAUCGCCCCGACCAUCCUGAAAACCACCGGCGUCAACGGAUCCGAGUACGACAGCGACUCCCGGAGUGGCGACAGCUCGCCGCGGAAGGUCGACCUUGUGUACGUGCCCCCGAUCGGGAGCAACUACAGCAACUCCCUGCCGGGCUCGCGCACGGUGAGCCGGCGGAGCAGCGUCGAGGACGUGUACCAGCACCGCGAGGCGUACCUCAGCGUCGGCACCGGCUCGCAGUCGUCGUCGUCCGUCUCCUCGCCGUCGACGUCGCCCAGGAAUAUACCGAGCGUGGGCAUCGUGCCCUCGGCGCAGCCGCGGAGCGUGUACGCGACGCACGCGGUGCCCGUCGUGGAGUCGCCGCGGCACGAGGUGGACGGGGCGGAGGUGGACGCGUAUGAUUACUUUGAGGGCGCGAGUUACGGGGAAGAGUACGCGUCGCGGCGCGUGCGCUUCCCGCGCUCGUCGGAGGACGCGGGGCACACGCCGGGCGGUGUCCUGAGGUAUGCGCAGGGUGGCGCGUCGAGCGUGCCGAUCGGGCGGAGUAGUGAGCGCGACGAGGACGUGGUCAUGGAGGAGCGCACGGAGCUCGUGUCCGAGCCCAUGGUGGGCGUGGACCAGUCGGGGGAGGGAGACGAGAGUGCUAGUCCUGUCCAACCGAAGUCGGUCUCGACGCCCGUGCCGGUGCCCCGCGUUAGCUCGGCGCAUGUCCAGCCGCCGUCGCCCAAUCUGUUGUCGCCCCCGGAAAUACCGCCAAGUAGAGGGCGCUCGCCCCAGGUUGUCUCGGGCGGUGAGCUGCGCGGGCGGUCGGUCACUCGCAGUUCGUCGUAUUCGGAUCGUGGGCGGUCAGGGUCGAGAGGCAGUCGCAGUACGGACUCGCCGAUGGGCAGCAUAUCCCCUUGCGGGUCGAGCGCUGCUAUCGGGGCAGGCCACUACGGAAGGGAUUCGCGAGGGCGGGAAGGAAGGGGAAGCUACCCGCGCACGCCUUCGAGAGCCGGGAGCGAGGACUCUAUCAGCGGACGAGAGCGGGGCCGGGAUCGCACGGGCCGCAGACUCAAUGAGAGUCUAAGCCCGCCUAGUCCCCAGGUGCCUUCGUCUAGCCAUUUCGGUGACAGGGCGGAGGCGUCGUCCAGUGGGCAUGGCAAGGACUCGUCCGGGUCUUCCCUGGCGAAACCUGCGCAUAUUGAUUUGCCGCCGCCUAUACCUGAGGAGGACGAGCAGCGAUCUCGGAAUCCGACGCCUGCGAGCUCGCCUGUGUCUUCGUUGAAGCCUGCGUUUCCUAUAGCACCACCCAAUCCUGCUCUGCCAAGUGCUGUUACCAUGACCUCGCCACCAUCUGGUCAAUGCUCGUCUACGCCUGCGCAUACGAAGUCGAACUCUAUGUCUAGUUCUCUGCCUAGUCCGACACAUCAACGAAAGGGAUCUGCAGAUGGGCUAGAUCAGUCUGGUCUCAUGGGCCGCGCUGUCUCCUCUGCUAAAGGUUUCCUUGGCUCGUUCUGGGCGUCCAAUUGAUGUCUGACGACGAUACGCCGCGAUCACAACCAUCAAGUCCUUUCACCUGUCUCUGCUUGAAGUUGAGAUGUACGAUAACGCCUGCACCAUAUCAUCCCUGUCACCAUUCACCUCAAGUUUCCCGCGUCAUCUGUAUAUGACAAUCCCUCCGUCUCUCCCUUCUCGUCGCUGCUGCUGGUGUUGUUGUCUUCUUACAAAUGACUUAUCGCCUUUCCCCUAUUACUUAGGAUUGCAACCAAAUUAAUUGCACACGAAUACGCUGCUACUCUUAUUGCACAUUCUUCAACUUAUACUCACUUUCCCGUGGUCGCUCGCGUUUUGGUUCUUUGGUGUUUCUCCCCUCUUCUUUCUGAAUUUGGACCGUUGCACAUAUGUAUCGAUCGGGCUGCAUGUCGCUAGUGUUGUUCUCCUCUCGGGGCGUGGUGUGGAUUUACAUACUUUCAUAUAGUAGUGCCUCCAUAUGCAACUCUUAGGCCCAUUCGUACGCCUUUGUAUCUUGCUAUAGGUCGAGUGUCCAGUAGAAGAUGUACUGCAUACUGUACAUACGUUUCGAAUCAAUGGCCAUAGCCUC